CCUCUCACCAUCAAAGCCAAAUGACGACUUUACCUCUCUUCCAUUAAAUUCUACCCACACCGUGUGAAAUUGUCAAUUCCAAAAGCCAGCAACCUCCCCUUUCGUUGAAAACACCUAGUUGAACUUGUCAACUUUCUCUUCAUAUAUACAAAAGUACCACUUCAUUAUAAUCAAUCAAGAUUACUUUCAAUAUCUCUUUGAAACUUCAAUGGCUGCAUUGAACAAUCAAGUGGAGUUUCAUGAUCAAUUACCUUUGAUGGAGGAAAAGUUAGGCGGCGAUGGCCUGAUCGGGGAAUUGUGUAAAGGGUUUCAACUAUUAAUGGACGCGGAUAAAGGGGUGAUCACGUUUGAUAGUUUGAAGAACAACGCUUCGGUUUUGGGACUCCAGGAUCUUAGCGACGACGAUCUGUUGAGUAUGUUGAGAGAAGGAGAUUGUGACGGCGAUGGUGCGCUUAAUCAGAUGGAGUUUUGUGUUCUUAUGUUUAGAUUAAGCCCGGAUUUGAUGGAUCAGUCGGAGGUUUUGUUAGAAUAUGCUCUUGAGCAAGAGAUGAAGAAUUCAUAUCAAUAGUUGUAAUCUAAUUUUCUUAAUUAACACUUGUUUUCUUUGAAGAUGUUUAUGAAACAUUCAUUGAGAGUGUCAUGGUUAUUAAUUUUCUGUCAGGAACAAUAUUAAAAAUUA